AUGAGUGAUGGCCAAGCGCCGGAUCUUUACAACUCCUCUCAUCCUCCAUCAAUGUUGGAGCGAUUAAUCUUGAUAAGUAAGAUCAUUAAUCAAGUGGACUUCACUUCCUUGCCAACGUCUCAGCCCACUCAAGACAAACAACAGAAGCAAAAAUAUUCACCACAGCAAGUGGGCAUCGGUCAACGGCACGAUGACCUCGGGAACGAACAGCAGCAACAGCGUACCCCACAGCAACCCCAAGAACAGCAGUAUGCCCAAACCGGCCUGCCAGAACUACAGCACCUCCCGGAACCCGUAGACGCCACUCAGGGUGGCAUGUUCGACCCGACAGUCGUCGGGGAGCACCGAACCCACGUGGGCAGCAACAAGACCCACCUCUUCAGCAGGGACGACCACCACAUAGCGGCCGCCCAUCCAACGAAUUCCCCCACGGCCGCCGUCAGGAGGAAGAGAGACGUGGGGAUCGGCCUCCCUCCCCACCACAUGUUAGGGUUCCACCCGAGACCUCCCGCCAUCAUCGACGAUGUCAGCGGCGUGGCCCAGAGCAGGAGGGCAUCGCAGCGGAAGGAGGAAGAAGCAGAGGAAGAGGAAGAAGAGGAGGAGGAGGAGGAUGAUGAUGAUGAAAGGGGGAGGAGUUUGGGACACGAGCGAGAUGAGGAAAAGGAAGAAGCGCAAAUAAAUCCGAUAGCGACUUCGCCUCUUACCAUUUGGAAGGCGAGUGUUUCGGAGUGGUCCUCCUGCAGCACCCGAGAAGGAGGCCAGAUAGGAGAGACGAGCCCCGAAGGAAUCGUCACCAUCACCCCGAGAUUCCUCCAAGUGGGGACGAACUACUUCAUCGGUCGGUCUUCCUGGUCAUCCACGGAGUGUUUCCAGCUGCAGGUGACGGUGAGGUCGUCCGAGUGCGGGGAAGGAUCACUGUGUUCUGGAAAGGGGAUCUGUUACGCCAAUGCCACAAUGGAACACUUCCAGUGCAAGUGCUGCAAGUCCUAUAUGGGAUCCCACUGCGAGGAGAUGAACGCGUGCAUCAGCAACCCUUGCCUCAAUAAUGGCAUCUGCCUGGACAUCCAGGAGGGACACGAUGGAGACACUUUCCAGUGCCUGUGUCGCUUCGGCUACCGAGGACGGUACUGCGAACAGCAGACGAACCUGUGCGAGUCGUACCCUUGCAAGAACGGCGGUACGUGUACCGGCAACCACUCGACGUUCACCUGCCACUGCCCUUCCGGCUGGUCGGGGACGCAGUGCACGGAACCGGUAGAGACGACGGCUUUGGCGACGGGAGGCGGCAGCGACGACGAUCUGGCCGGAUGCGCCGGUAGCCCGUGCAACAACGGCAUAUGCGUCGAGUCGGCCAACAAGGAGAUCGGGUGCUUCUGUCAUCCAGGCUUCGGAGGGCAGCACUGCGAAUUCGAGUACAACGAGUGCGUCUCGAAUCCCUGCGAGAACGGAGGGACUUGCGUGGACCACGUCGGCAAGUUCGAGUGUCUCUGUGGCCGUGGCUACACGGGAGAACGAUGUCAGAUAAAGUAUGACCUGUGCACGCCUGACCCGUGCGCGCCCAGCAGGGUAUGUGUGGACAAGGGCAACAGCUACUCCUGUGAGUGCCUCAACGGAUUGAGUGAAGAUGAUUGUGGUCCUCAUAUCCAGGUGUGCAACCCGAACCCGUGCGAAAACGGAGGUACCUGCUGGAUCGUCCCCCAAGCCCGCCUCUUCUACUGCUCCUGUCGACCUGGGUUCACUGGUGGCAGAUGUCAAGGUAUCACCCUGGAUACACAUGAUGAAGCCGUGCCCGAAACUGUGGGCGCCGUUGGAACCGUGGAACCAGGACCCCUCGAUGUCCACCUGCCCCUGAAUCACAUGAGGAACAUCUACGUGGCCUUCGCCACACUGGCCUCAGCGCUCCUCAUUUUCGCUUUGGUGGUUGGCGUCUGUCACUGCAGAGUGAAUAGGACUUACCGGAAGUGUUUCGUCAAAUUGCCAAGGCCAAGUAAAGUCCUGCCCUCUGUGAGGAGACCGCGUCCCACCUCUCUGUUUGACAAGUCAAGGUGGGAGAGAUCGGGCUCCUUGCGCCUGGAGACUGACCCCGACGGGGCAGCCAUGCCCAUGACCUGCUCGAACUCCGAUUCUGACGCUGUCUAUUACAACGUUGACGUCUGUGACAACCAAGAACUUCCUUUGAUUAAGUAAUGGCUACUGCUGAGCUCAUCCUGCUGAUCUCAAGCGAAGAUUUGUCCCCUCUAGAGGACACCUAUAAGAUUCGUGGUGCCAAUUCUGGGUCGCGAGAUCCUCUCGUAUGGUUACACACGGUUAUUCUGUACUGUAUUGCACUGUCAUGCACUUCAUUGUGAAACUGUUUGGAGACUAAUCCUAAGGUUCUUUUUAUAUGGUGACCCACAGGACUUCAUCGGCUCAUUCAGAGCGAGGGAGACCUAGAGCAAAGCGUGUCCUUUGCCCAACACCUGGAAGGACAAAGAAAAAAAAAGCAAGAAAAUCAACAGCAACAAAAGCAACAAGUCUUUCGCAUGAGACGUGGGAUGUGCCUGCUUCAAACAAAAUAAUAAUAAUAAUGAUAAUAAUAAUAAUAAUGGUAUGUGAAACACUGGUGUUUCUUUCCGCUCUGGUUUAUUUUUAUUCUUGAGAAACAUUCAUAGCAUAAAUACCAUAAAUGUAUUUUGUCUUACUGUCACAUUAAGUCUUCUCUCUGCAGGAUAACAGACAGUGUAGCGUGGUAGGAAAAAUGUCCAUUCAAUAUGUGUGUAUUGUAUAUAUUUGCUGAAAGUUUAUCCUCCUUCUUACAUUGAUGUUUGAAGAACAAAAACUUUUAAAAAAAAUUGUUGCUCGUCGACUACUGUGAAGAUUGAACACCAUUUGUAAAAAAAUCAUUUUGUCUCUCUUUUUUCCCAUUAGCACACUCACUCCUCUUCAAGUAGAAAAACACUUUUUUGAGAAAUAAUCUUUGCCUCGAGAUAAGCAGUAGUUACUCCAAGGGCCAAAAAUUUUCUACCGUCAAAACUUUCCUUUAAUAAUGCAUUGCCCUUCCCAUCCACACCCCACCCCCAUUUCGUCCCCAAAAAGGUGAAACAAAAAUAAUUCAUCUUUUAUGAUAUGUAAGAGAUACCAAGUACUGUCAUAGAUGUAUUUUGAAAGAAUAGUACAAUUAAUUUGAGACUUCAUUUCAAACCCAUAUUGAGGAAUGUAACAACUUUGUUGUCACGUAUUAAUUACUAUGUAUUGUACAUUGUUGUUGCAUAUGGCAGUUCUUGUUGCGAAGUGAUAUGAUACAAUUAUCAACUGCCAAUAACUUUCAACACUUGACACAAAUUCUAGUUUUGUCUACACCUGUAGUUUUGCAUUGCCUCCUAUGGUGAGGUUGAGGUAGUGCUUCUAGCAUUCGAAAGCCAACCUAUGGAAUAGAUUUGUAGUUGAAUGAAGGACAUGCAACUGUCUAUGCAUAUCCUUUGCAAAGUUUAAAACCAGUGUAUUUUUUUUUUUCAUUUCUUAUUUUUUUUUACGCAGGACACUCCGUAAUUUCCAGAGCUCCCUUUUCUUACAUUCAUUGCUGGUAAAAUGCAAAAAUGGUUUUCUCACAAGCAGCAGUUUCCUGGUAUCUUGUAGCACUUUCUCGCCAAGAAUUACUUCAAAACAGCCAAUCAUUUUUUCUCUGCAGACACAGAAUUCACGGCGCUCAUGCCUGCGAAGGUGAUGUUAAACAAGAGCAAACUUCGGCACUUUCAGUUUGCCCAAAGAUAGUGGCUCCUCUUGAUGAAAAUCUUGAGGCGAGGUGCUAAAAGAUAUCAGAAAAAAAAUGUCUUGAAGAGUCUCCCUAAGUAAAUGAUCGGGGAAUACGAAACUCGUGUGAAUCCAAAGAAGUGUUCAAGAAACCUUAUUCUCAGAUCAUAACAUUGUCUACCAUCAUGAUUUAUUUUGCCUAGCAUCCUUUAUUAUUUCAUUCUAUUCCAGACUUUUAAACCAGUCUCCUAGUGUGCAUUAGAUGAUCAGGCGUUCAUGUGAGUCUCAUAUCCCAGCCGGUGAAUUUUGGCUGUCUACGAUAAGUUUUACGAUAAGUUUUUUUUUAAAAGACAUAAUGUACAGGGUGUCCAUAAAGUCCCAUUGCCUUUACAAGCGAUAAAUACUUGUAAUGGUACUGGGACUUCAGGAACACCCUGUAUAGCUUAGGAGAUGUUUCAUACACUGUUUAUUAAAGCAAGUGAGUUGCCCUUAUUUAACGGUUUCUCUUUUACUGGUCUUUUUGUUUUAUUAAUAUUAAUGACAUUCCAUCUAUCUUCCAUUUAGUUGUUUUAAUUUUUUGAAGGAUAUGCCUAGAAAUACGUUCAUGAUAGUGCCAAUAUGUACAUAUGAAUUUGGUUAAUAUUUGAUGCUUCUGUAACAGAACUUUAAAAAAAAACAAAAGAAAAAAAGUUAUCUUCCGACACAUAGAUUAUCGCUGCAGAUCCUCCUUUUUAAAUCUCUUAUAGAUAUAGUCAGCACCAAAAAAGCAAAGGUUUAUGGAAUGAUGUUUUAUUUUCCCCUCUGGAUUCUUUCAAUCACUGCACGUUUUUCUCCUUUUUCCCUGAGGAUAGUCACAAGGCAAACUAAUAAUGGUGAUUAUUUUUUGAAAGCUUUAGUGAUCUGCCUAUGUAGAGAAACGCGGUGAUGAGAGAGCUCUUCUCGUUCAUCCCUUCUGGGGGCGUUCGUUGUUUCCAAUUCUUUCUGAGUCAUCUCCCACGUCUCUUUUUAUAUUUCCUUUUGACAGAGGCAUGAUAUCUCGGCUUUCAGUUUCCCCCUCUUGAUUUUCUUCUUCAGCGUUUGGUCUCCUCUCCUCCUGGACGCGCAGUUUCCAAUGCAAUAUUUAAGGGAAAAUACUUUGUAGAAAUAUCAACUGGUGAUAAGACCAGCAAAGUACUUUAGAACAAUGCUUGUGACUAAUCAUUAAGAAUCAAAUUUUAUCAUUUAAGGCUGAGAAGGAAGUAAGGUUUUUUCUAUAAGAAUUAUUAAUCUCAUCGUCAGAUUGCAGGUAUAUAUAUAGACCCAAUGCUGCCAAAGAGAAUAUUUUACCUGGCUAUUCGUCCUUCGUCAGUUUCGAAAGCCCAUGCCACGUUCCUUUCGGAGUUUUUCACAGCUAUACUUGCUAUAUUUCCCCUUUGUCGAUUCAGUCGAUUUCAUGAAUAACCUUCUGUAAAAAAAAUGUCCAUAGUUUGGUAUAUAAAAAGCCUAAGGAAAAAUACAAAAUCACCCUUUAUGACAAGACGUAUAAGGCAUCUGUGAGUUGGACGUAUUACUCUAUGGAAGCAUUUGUGUCCUCAACAUUUAAAAAAUUUUUAUAGUCCUAUGUGGCCACAACAAAUUUCAGUGUGCAUUUUUAUCGCAGAGGAAAUGUUUUUCUUGGUAAACUCAAGGGUUAUUAUUAUUUAAGCAGAAAGAAAAUGAGAACAGAUAAAAUAGAUGUUGUACAUAAGUGUUUUGAAUAAAAAAGUUUUCCCCCUACCAAAGGUUUCGUGUUAUAUAUAUAAAUACCAGUUUGAUACAUCAAGCUUUGGAAGUAUUUUAUCUUGGUGUGUUUGAUUUUCUUAUAUUCUCGCCAUGACUUUUUUUUUAUCAUUUAAUACGAAAAUUUCAAUAUCAAACCUGACACAUUGCUAGGGUCUAUUAUUGUAUUAUUAUUUUGCUGCUGUUAUUAAAGUUAUUGUUGCCACUGA